AAAAAAAAAAAAAAUAUCCAAUAUACUCAAUAUGUCUAAGAAACAAAAAAAUCAAUUAUUAUUUAUCGUUAAUUCUAAUAAUAACAUAAAACAUGACCAAAAUAAUGUUAGUGAUAAUAACUUGAAUAAUAUUUUUGUUGAUAUUAGACCAUCUUUUCCUCCAAAUUUAACAACAAAUGAUCUAAUUAAAAACGCUGUUAAAUCCAAUACCAAUAGACCAAAAACUUUUCCAAAUGCUUUUAUCGCAUAUAGAAUGGCAUUAAUUAAAGAAUGUCGUAAUAAAAAUUGGAAAUUACCUUCAAUGGGAGAAUUUUCAAAGAUUACGAGAAAUUCCUGGAAUACAGAAUCUGAACAUGUAAAAAAUUUUUAUGUUUCAUUAGUUAAAGAAGCAAAAUCCAAUUACAAACAAAAUAACCUUCAAAUUGUAUUGGAUAAGCAUAUGAGCAAUAACAUGAAUUAUGUUCAAGAAAGUGGAGAAACUUAUGAUACAAAUGUACGAAUUCUUCCUACAAUUUACAAGGAGAAUUCACAAAACUUGGUUCAGAAUACUUCUCAUUAUAACGUGAGGUUUAUUGAUAAUAGUUCAUUGAUUGAUUCUUCUUCCAAUUCUGAAAUGAAUUCUGAUCGUGAAUAUAUUGAAAUAUUGGAACAAAUAGUUGAUAGCUUAUUAAGAAGUAAAAAUCGUUUUACUUGAACAAAAUUAUAAAAGACUUAUGCAAAGAUUUAUGCAAUUAUGGCAAUUAUGAUUUUUAUAUUGAGCACAUUUAAGAUUUUUUUUAAAGAUUUUU